AUGACGAACGCCGAUCAGCAGCUGUCGUCAGAUUCGGCAGAGUCGGCAGCACCGAGCGAGUUGGUGACUUAUGAUAAGGACGGCGACUUGACUGUCCGCGUUGGUCCCAAAUUGAAGCCCUAUCGAAUCGACUCGAAGACGCUAUGUCGCUCGUCUCCGAUCUUCAAGAAGAUGCUGUAUGGAGGUUUCGCCGAGUCGCGUCCCUCGAACGGCAGCGACUGGACGAUUGCUUUGCCGGACGACCAUUGCCGUUCAAUAGGAUUCUAUUUGGCAUCAUCCAUGGGGCUUUCGAGAUGA